GAGGGGUGGCGGAGCGGGGGGUGCCCGGCGUGGCCAAACCGCACGGGGCGCCUAUGCCUCCUGCCAGGGGAGCGCACAAGUGACCGGCAUCUCUGCCCAUGUCUGUCUCCUGAAGCGACCCCCCCCACCCCCGGCCCGGCAUGGAUGUGGCCAACAACACUACCUCCCCAGCGCGCUCCCCCGAGGGGACGAGCGGCCCCGGCCUCGCCGAGGUGACCCUGGGCUACCAGGUGCUCACCUCCCUGCUCCUGGGCACGCUUAUCCUGUGCGCCGUGAGCGGCAACGCCUGCGUGAUCGCAGCCAUCGCCCUGGAGCGCUCCCUGCAAACCGUGGCCAACUAUUUGAUCGGCUCGCUGGCCGUCACCGACCUCAUGGUGUCCGUGCUGGUGCUGCCCAUGGCGGCCCUCUACCAGGUGCUGAACAAGUGGACGCUGGGGCAGGUCACCUGCGACAUCUUCAUCUCGCUGGACGUGCUUUGCUGCACCUCUUCCAUCCUGCACCUGUGCGCCAUCGCCCUGGACAGGUACUGGGCCAUCACGGACCCCAUUGACUAUGUUAACAAGCGAACUCCCCGGCGGGCGGCCGUGCUCAUCAGCCUGACCUGGCUUAUCGGCUUCUUGAUAUCCAUCCCGCCCAUGCUGGGCUGGAGGACGCCGGAGGACCGCUCGAACCCCGACGCCUGCACCAUCAGCAAGGACCACGGGUACACCAUCUACUCCACCUUCGGCGCCUUCUACAUUCCGCUUCUUCUCAUGCUGGUGCUCUACGGUCGCAUCUUCAAGGCGGCACGCUUUAGGAUCCGCAAGACAGUAAAGAAAGCAGAGAAGAAAAAAAUCGCCGACACCUGCCUCACUCUCUCUCCGGCCACCGUAAAGAAAGGCAACGGGGAGCCCGGCAAGAGCUGGCGGCGGACUGUAGAGCCCAAGCCCGGGGCUUGUGUCAACGGCGCGGUGCGGCAGGGCCAGGACGGGACUGCCCUGGAGAUCAUCGAGGUCCAGCACUGCAACAGUUCCUCCAAGACUCACCUGCCGCUGCCCAGCGAGGCGUGCGGCUCCCCACCGCCGCCCUCUUUCGAGAGGCGCAACGAGAAGAACACGGAAGCCAAACGGAGAAUGGCUCUGUCCCGGGAGAGAAAGACUGUCAAGACCCUGGGCAUCAUUAUGGGCACCUUUAUCCUCUGCUGGCUGCCGUUCUUCAUCGUGGCCCUGGUCCUGCCCUUUUGUGACAGUAAGUGCUACAUGCCCGAGUGGCUGGGGGCAGUCAUCAACUGGCUGGGCUACUCCAACUCCCUUCUCAACCCCAUUAUCUAUGCCUAUUUCAACAAAGACUUCCAAAGUGCUUUUAAGAAAAUUAUCAAGUGCAAAUUUUGCCGGCAGUGAAGCCCACCACUCCGGGACGGGGCGAAGGGGGGUCCUGUUCCUUCCUCCCCCCGCCUGCCCCGAGCCGCAGCGUGCCCCCGCCCAGACCCGCACAGCGCCGUCCGAAGGGCGGGGGGCUCCGGCGUCCCCGCUCCGCCAGC